GUGGCCUUUAAAACAAAAUGGCGGAUUACGAGUAUGAAGAUAGUUUUGAGAGCAGCAGCGAAUCAGAGAGCGAGUCAAAGGAAUGGGACCGACAGGAGGGCCCUAUUAGUCAGUCCAGUAAAACUGAGUUUGUAAGAUCUGACCUGGAGCAGUCACUAGGGGAGCCUUUAUCUCAAUCUCUGAAGCAAGCUAAUUCCGGGAGCCCUAAAUCAAGUCCAAUGAGUCGUAGGAAGUUCCGGCCUCACUUUAAGAAACCAACUGGACUGGGGAAUAUCAUUAAGAAAAGAAAGAAGAAAGUCUUUGGUGUUAGUUUACAAACUGCUGUGUAUCGGAGUGAGCUUGGUAAUGAUGGGAUCGAACUACCAACCAUAUUCAGACAGUGCAUUGACUAUCUGGAGGAGAAUGCUCUAGAGCACGAAGGUGUGUACAGGUUAGCUGGAGUGAAGUCACAGAUUGAUGGUGUUAAGACACUUUAUGACAAAGAAUCUGAGGUUGAUUUAUCUAAUUAUGACUGCAAUACGGUAGCUAGUUUGUUGAAACUCUACUUGAGAGAACUCCCCGAGCCACUGGUACCUCUAAAACUCCUACCAAGACUGGAAGCAGCUUCUCGCCUGGAUGCACCAGAGAUGCAGUUGGAGAUGCUUUUAUUAGUCAUGGAAGAGUUACCACCUGUUAACAAGCUACUCUUAAGUUGGUUGUUUGUUCACAUGAAUCACAUUGCUGAUAAGGCUAACAUUAACAAGAUGGGCAUAUCGAAUCUUGUUAUUGUUUUCAGUCCUACGCUGCAGAUACCAAUAUCACUUAUGCACUUGCUGUACAAUAACAGGAACUCUUUAUUUCCUAAUGUUGAAAUCCUUAAGUAUGAGCGGUCGAGUAAAUCUUCCAAAUCUUUUGGUUUACCUGAUCCUAAUGAGCUAGAAACCGAGGAAGAGAUUACAGCAGAACUAGCAAGACUAAGUGACAUAUUGGAGAAGCUACAUACUAAAGUCCAUUCAUCAGAUGGGAAAUAUGAUGAGAGAGAUGACUACUGCUGGGAGCUACAGAGAGUUGUGACUGAAUUGAAAAGAAAGAAAAAAGUCCAAGAGCAAUUCUCUGCCUCUAAGCUAGGAGAUGAGCAAGAAUUUAUGAAAGCACUCAUCCUGAUGGCGGCCACAUUAGAAGCAGAGAACGAUGAAAUUAAAGAUGUAAAUUUUGCUCUAAAGGAAUGCAUCAGAAAAGAAAUGAAGCAAAUUGAGGAAUAUGAACAUGAAAUAAAACUAUAUGAAGCAAGACCUCGUGUAGAAACGGAAGAGUUUUUGGGAGACGAAUCGGAGUUUUCACAGUCCAUGUCUAAACUAUUGUGGAAGAAAAGAGAGCUACAGUGCGAAUAUAAUGAACUACUUACUAACAUCAAGCAUGAAGAGGAGAAAGUGAAGGAGCUUAAGAUUCAAAUAAGAGUCUAUCCACUCAACAAUCAGUUUUAAUUCACCAAUAGUUUAUAAUAACGAGUGUACAAUUUUUUAAAAUAAUAAAUUUACAAUGAGUAGUUAUUAAUAGUUAA